AAACUGGCAAGAGAGAGUCUGCCCUACCCCGGCCUAGGACCAGAGCUGUCGAAGUUUUCUCACUUGGAACCCUCGUUGCAGCCACAGAGUAUGCGGAGCCCAUUCUAUAGAAUGGAGGGGUCAGAAUGCUCCGAGGCACCUUCCAGAACAGCGAAGAUUGAAUAAUAAGCUUCCACCAUCUCUGUUCUGGUCUUCAGGACACCCGGUUUUUAAAAUACUAGUUGCUCUGGGUCGGAACCAGCCUUUGAAAAGGGAGAAACCAAAAUGGAAAAGCGAUUAUCCUAUGACAGAUGGACAGCUACGUAGCAAGAGGGACGAGUUUUGGGACACUGCACCAGCUUUUGAAGGCCGUAAAGAGAUUUGGGAUGCCUUGAAGGCUGCUGCACAUGCCUUUGAGAGCAAUGAUCAUGAACUGGCACAGGCAAUCAUCGAUGGUGCAAACAUAACACUACCACAUGGUGCACUUACAGAGUGCUAUGAUGAACUGGGAAACAGAUAUCAGCUGCCUGUCUAUUGCCUAGCACCACCAAUCAACAUGAUAGAGGAAAAGAGUGACAUAGAGACUCUAGAUAUUCCUGAGCCACCACCCAAUUCUGGAUAUGAAUCUCAGCUCCGUUUGCGCCUUUCCACAGGCAAAGACCUCAAGCUUGUGGUACGCAGCACAGACACAGUAUACCACAUGAAGAGACGGUUACAUGCAACAGAAGGAGUGGAGCCAGGCAGUCAGCGGUGGUUCUUCUCUGGGAGACCUCUCACUGACAAAAUGAAGCUGGAGGAGCUGAAGAUCCCGAAGGACUAUGUUGUACAGGUUAUAGUGAGCCAGCCUUUGCAAAACCCAACACCAGUUGAGAACUGAAUCCAUGCUGUUGGCUGGUUUGCAGGUCCCUCUACUCCUUUUUAUUCUUGUUGUCAUUUCCUAUUCUAUGGCGUGAAAUUUAUUUUCACUGCUCUGAGUUCCCUAUGAAUGGAUUUAGUUCUGAGGAAUUACAAGUGAAAAAUUCCAUCUGUGAUGGAGACCAACAAAAAUAAUAAAACACAAAGAGCCAGCCUUUGAGACUCAUGUAAUAACAAUCUCUAAUUUGAGAGACAGUUAAGAAAUAGAUAACCAUUUGUUUUGAAACACUCAGCUAUAAAAUGCCUGUAUUUAAAUGACUUGGACUAUUAAUGGAACACUACACCCAUGAAGAGCAGCACUAAGCACCUUUGGAAUGCAGGAUUUAAAAGAGAAAAUCAAAUUACAUCAUUUUCAGAAACCAGUAGUUACCAACUAAGGCUUUUAAAAAUGGAAUCUAAGAAGUUUGAGUCUGGCUUCUGUUCUGAGUCUUGUUCUCCAUAGAGCUUGGCAACUUUUGUGUCAGUGUUUGUUUCCUCACCUCCACAUGUUGAGCUCCUUGUUUACAUUCACACUAAAUCUUGGUGCCUUCCAGCAUGUUGGUGUCAGGCACCCUUCUGGAACACUAGGCAAUAAUUGAGCUCAUGGCAUAUGAUUUUUGAUUUUCAAUCAACAGUCAUUUGAAACGUCCUUUUUCCUCUUGCUGCAUAGUUAUUUUGAAAUGUUCAUGAAUCAAAGAAGCCUAGACCGAGAAGGCCACUACUACAGAAUGCUUUCUCUGAUCUGUAUAUUCUGCUUGGACAUUUCCAGAGCUAACACUGACCCCCACAUGCACAAUUGCUGAGUCAGGGAAUGAAGAAAUCAAGUAGAGCUUUGCCCACUACAGGAUCAGGAAGUGAUUCUUCUGCCUCACUUUGCAGGAAUGUAAAGAAAACCAUUCUGUAUGGACCAGGAGCACUACCUAUUCUGUCUUUUAGAGAAAAUUUUACUUCAAAAUUUUCAAGUAUGAAAGGUUUAUUGGUAUCACCUCAACAUUGGCAGUGAGACCAAAUGCUGACACAUUUCUUUACAUGUUAGUAAUUUCCAGCCAAUGUUUGGUCAUGGGGAAUGGCACUCUUCUUCCUUCAUCUUUUCUAUC